CUUGAAACUGCCGGGAAAGUGAAAUGUCUUUCGCAAAAUUGAGAAUUCUUCUGUGGAAGAACUGGAUCCUACAAAAAAGACGUCCGAUUUCAGGAAUCUUUCAAAUCGUCUUUCCGAUUAUAAUUGUCGUGAUUACAGCUUGGAUGAAAAAUUCGAUUCAAAGUAAUUUCAACGUUUAUGGCUUUCGCUUUGAAGGAGAAUUUAGUCUGUCGAACUUUUCAAUGUGUAAUAAAACGUUAGAAAGAGUCUUUUAUUAUCCGCAAGACGAAGCAUACGACAAAUUGUUAAAAAAUGCAUUUAGAAAUCAUCAAGUCAAUAUAACAGGAUUUAAUGAUAGAUCAGUAAUGGAUGAUGAAUAUUGGAUGAUUAAUGAGCCAAUUGAAAUAGCAUCCAUACAAUUUUUUGGUGACAUACUGACCCCCUCAGUGCUACCAAAAAUUUUGAUUUACGGGAUUGACACAAGAACUUAUGAUUUAACAUGCAUAACUAUUGUGCAAAAUGCAGUUGAGCGAAGCUUUUUGGAAAUUUCAUCAAAUUCAAAUAUUAAUCUAAAAGAAACUACAAUGAACACAUUCCCGUUUGAUGAUCAAGUUACGCAAAUAUUCACAGGUGUUAUGCUGAGUGUACUGCCAAUAUUCUUGAUAUUCAGCAUGUUUUCAAUGGUCGCAACUGUUGUAAAAGCAAUUGCAUCUGAACGUCAAAGCAAAAUGAAGGAAUUGAUGAAAAUAAUGGGAUUGUCGAGUGUCCUCCAUUGGUUGUCGUGGUUCAUUAAAUGCCUUAUCAUGACAACAAUUACAUACACAAUAGUCACUGUCUUCCUGUGCUUGCCAAUUAUUGGAGACACUGCAAUUUUUGGAUUAAGCAAUUUUUUUAUUGUGUGGCUAUUUCUGUUCUUUUAUUGCAUUGGAGUCAUCACAUUCUGCUUCUUAGUCAGCACAUUCUUCAGUAAAGCAUCUUCAGCAGCUAAUGUUGGUGUCAUGCUGUUUUUCACUACAUUCGUUCCUUACUAUGUCUACAGUGUUAACUUUGAGAAUAUGAAUUAUGCUGUUAAAUGGUUCUUCCUGCUUCCAAUCAAUACAUCAUUUGGACAAGGCAUUUCUAUGCUUUUCAGUAUGGAAUUAAACCAAAUUGGAAUCAACUUUUCAAACUUAUUUUCCCAUUAUGAAGGCUUUAACUUCUCACUCGGCGAAGUUAUGAUUGCAAUGGUCUUAUCAGCAAUAAUUCACGUGUUAUUGACAUUUUAUAUCGAGAAGGUAUUCCCUGGUGACGUGGGAAUUCCACAGCCAUGGCAUUUCCCUAUAACAAGUAUUAUCAAAAUGAUAAGAAAAACAGGUGAUAAGAGCACAACACAUGACACAAACAAUGUUGAUUACAAUUUUACCUCACACGGCGAUUUUGAAGAGGAACCAAAACAUUUGAACGCCAAAGUAAGGAUUGUUAACAUGACAAGGAAGUUUGGCAAGUUUACAGCUGUCAAUAAUUUAAGUUUGAACAUUUAUGAAGAUCAGAUAACUGUCUUAUUGGGUCAUAAUGGAGGAGGAAAAACGACAACUAUGAAUGUCUUGACAGGAAUGCUUCCACCAACAAAUGGCACAGCCUACAUCAAUGACUUUGAUAUUCGUACGAAUAUAGUUGAAGCUAGAAAGUCACUUGGAAUAUGUCCACAACAUAAUAUUCUUUUCAAUGACUUGACUGUCAGUGAGCACAUAAUUUUCUUCUGUAAAUUAAAAGGAAUGCAAAAUGAUCAAGAAAUCAAAUUUGAGAUUCAAAGAUAUCUCGAGCAGAUGGGAUUUAUGGACAAGAAGAAUGAAUUGAGCAAAACCUUAUCUGGUGGUCAAAAGAGGAAGUUGUCAAUUGCCAAUGCUUUAUGUGGAAAUUCAAACUUUGUCGUACUUGAUGAGCCAACUAGUGGAUUGGAUGUACAUGCACGUAGAAGUCUUUGGGAUUUAUUAAUAGCCGAAAAGAAAAAUCGCACAAUUCUUCUCACAACUCAUUAUAUGGAUGAAGCGGAAGUGCUUGGAGAUAGAAUUGCAAUUAUGAGUGACGGAAUGUUGAAGACUGUUGGAACUUCAUUUUUCUUAAAGAAGAAAUUUGGCUCCGGAUAUCGAUUGAUUGUUGUGAAAUCUCCAAACUGUGAUUCUUCAAUAAUUUUGGAUGCUGUAAGUCGAUAUGCUCCGGAUGUAACAAUUGAAUCAGAAGAACAACUUGAAGUAAUCUUCGUACUUAAUGAUGAAUAUAUCGACAAGUUUGAAAGCAUUUUUAGAUACUUAGAAGAACAUGCAACGACUCUUGGAAUUCAAAGUCUUGGAUGUUCUCUAGCUACACUAGAAGAAGUCUUCCUUAAAGUUGGUGAUCAUGAGCACAUAAAACCACACUUAGAUCAUGAAGUCACAGUCAAAUUCAACAACAUAAUGUCAUUUACGAAAGUAUCUACAGUCACAUUGAUGCUCAAUCAGAUGUACGCGAUGUUCCUGAAGAAGAUUCACUUUACUCGACGAUACUAUGUCAUUUUGAUUAUCUAUACAAUUUUAUCAGCCUGGUUCUUAUUUGUAUUCUUAGCAGGACCCACAGGACCAUCUGGAACAUUUGAUUUCUAUGAUGAGUUUUCAGGUUUAGUCCAGACAAACAAAAUAGAUUCAAGUAUCGUUGGAGUUUACACAAAGCUCUUCAAUGGCUCAUUAGUGACAGUCAUUGACAGAGAAGUUCGAGACUACAUAUUCGGCAACUUUCUAAGACGAAACCAAAGAUAUCAAAUUGGAGCUACUUUUGGAGAAGCCACAGAUACUAUUUGGUACAAUUUUCAUUCAUACAGAGGUGGUAUAAUGCCUGUAGCACUUAAUCAUUAUCAUCGUGCAGCAUUGAUAGAAUCAUUAGGAGAUGAAUAUGAUAUAAGAAACCACUAUAAUCCAUUUGAAUGGACUUAUCAACCUGAUCCGGAUGCAAGAAAUCAAUUUGACGACCUAAUGGUUUACGUGCUAUUCUUUUUAAUGCUUAUGUACUGGCCUUCACUGCACAUUACUCUAAAAAUUAAGGAACGAGUUUCAGCGUCAAAACUUCUUCAAUUCAUCAGCGGAGUUAACAGAUUUUUAUUCACAUUCGUGUCUUUUAUUAUCGAUACAAUAUUGACUCUCAUUGUCCUAUUCAUUAUUUUGGGAAUCGUUGUUGCAAUAAACCGACCUGGAUUCAACACAACCGAGGAUAUGGUUAUUUAUCUUACAGCAUUUACAUUCUAUACAAUCAAUGUAAUUCCAUUCAUUUAUGUAAUGUCGUUUUGGUUUAAGAAACACACGACUGGAGAAACAAUUGUCGCAUUGUUUCCACUGGCAUUUGCCAUUCUCUAUGUGGGUUAUUCAAUCUUGGACCAAAUAUAUUUUGACUUUAUCGAUAAGGAAGUUACAGAAGGAAUCGCAUCAGUAAUUUACUGGUUUGGAAUAUUCUUCGGACCUUUCUCGAUGAUUGACAUCUUUGUGAAACUUCAACAAAUAAUGUACAAUGACAAUGAAGGUGAAAUAUGGAGCUUUGGAAAACGUGGAAUGGGAAUUAAUCUUGCAAUGAUGGGUGCUGGUGGUGCUUUAUUCAUGACGAUCGUUCUGCUUAAGGAUUACUUUAUAUUCGCAUGGAUUAAAUACAAAUUAUCAAGUAGAAAUCUUCCAUUGCCUCCGAUUUCAUCAGCAGAUGACGAUGUUAUAGCUGAAAUCGAAAGAGUCCGUAGCAAGACAGCGACUGAAAUAAUUGACAGUAAUCUUGUCCUUAGAGGAUUAACAAAAGUUUAUGGAAAACAUCUUGCUGUUAACCAAUUACAUGUCGGCGUCGAACCAGCUGAAUGUUUCGGAUUGUUGGGAGUUAAUGGAGCUGGCAAAACUAGUGUCUUUAAGAUGUUAACAGGUGACGAAAUGAUAUCAUCUGGAAACGCUUGGAUUCGAGGUUAUAGCUUGAUCAAUGAAAUUCCAAAAGUUUAUGAAAAAAUCGGUUACUGUCCACAAUAUGAUGCACUUUUGAGUGAGUUGACUGGACGGGAAACAAUCAAGAUUUUUUGUCUCUUUAGAGGAGUUCCACGCGAUGAGAUUGAUGAUCUGACUGAAGCAUUUGCUAAUGAGUUAGAUUUUACAAAGUAUUUGGAUAUAACUGUUGGAGCUUACAGUGGUGGAAAUAUGAGGAAAUUGUCAACUUGUUUGUCGCUGUUGGGUAAUUUGUCGUUGGUGUUCCUUGAUGAGUGUUCAAGCGGAAUAGAUGCACGUGCAAAAAGACAACUAUGGAAUAUCAUCAAGAAGGCAAGAAAUGCAGGCAAAGCAAUAGUCAUAUCAUCCCACAGCAUGCAAGAAUGUGAAAGUUUAUGCACAAGACUAGCAAUCAUGGUCGAUGGUGAAUUCCAAUGCAUCGGUUCCAUCCAACACAUUAAAAAUAAAUUUUCAAAAGGAUUCAUCCUCAAGAUCAUGAUGACAAAUCGUGAUGAUGAAAAUUUGUUCCAAGCCAUUCAGCAACGAGUAGUUUUGACAUUCCCGCAAGCACAGUUUAAGGAACGAUUCAUGGGCUUAUUGACAUUCCACAUCGAUGUGCCAGAUUUGAAAUGGUCCGAAGUAUUUGGUGAAUUAUCGAAAAUGAAAACAGAAUUGGGAAUUAAUGACUACACAUUGACGCAGUCGUCACUUGAGUCUGUGUUCCUCUUCUUCAGUCAACAAGGAAAGAGAAAAGUUGAAUGAAAUGUUUAAAAAUAGAAAAUGUGAUGCAUGGGAAAAUAAACAAUCUUGUUUUAUACUUUA